AACCCACCGAAAAAAAAAAUGACGGUCGAAGAACCCACCACCAAACCAAAAGUCCUCCUCACAGGCGCGAACGGCUACGUAGCGGCUCACGUCCUGAAGCAACUAAUAGAAGCAAACUACCACGUCACCGGCACCGUCCGCUCCGAAGAGAAGGCCAACCUAAGCCGCUCCUUCAACCCCGAAUACGAAGAGAGCGCCAGAUUCAUUGUGUUGUCGGACUUCACCAAGCAAGAGUCUUGGGACCGGAUAUUCCAAGAGACGGAAUACGACUAUGUCGUUCACACCGCCGCACCCCUAAUGUCGAAGGAGAAUACGGACUUUGACAAGCAUUACUUGGAGCCGAAUGUUGGGGGGUACGCUUCUCUCUUUGGUUUUUUAUAUCGAAGGGCGCGUGGUGUUGCUGAUACGCUUCCAGGAAUUUGGGAAUUCUCAAUGCUGUCAGCGAGUUUGGGAAGAAGGUGAAGCAUAUAUCCAUCACUUCUUCGAUUUGUGCUCUGGGGGUAUUCGAUCCUAUGGCCGGGGGAGCCACCUCGAAGAGGUUUACGCCUAGGGAUUGGGAUUCGGUAUGUCAGGGGCUCACCAAACGCUCUUGUCCAAUGGGUGUAUUGGGCUAAUUAGUAUAAGACCACCUAUGGGAUGGCUCGGGAGGCCAAGAAUUUGCUCACCAAUUACUGUGUCGCAAAGACAUCGGCGGAGAAGGUGGUUUGGGAAUAUAUGAAGACCAAGAAGCCGCAUUUUUCGGUUUCUGUGAUGCUACCGUGGGACUACCCACUUUACCCCCUCUCACACUAGAACACAGUAGUCUCGCGUGCUAACGAGCUUCACCAGGGGCCCAAUAACAGGGCCCUGCAUCCAGCCAGUGAUAUCCCUGUCCAAAAUUAAUCUCACCACAGAUAGUAUAUACUCCCUCUUUAACGGAACCUUUAGCGAAAUCCCUCCAACCUUCUUCUCCGAAUAUGUAUUUCCCCUCAUCCCUCCCCACCCCUCCACCCUUCUUUUAUGCUAACCCCCGCCACCAUAGAUCGACGUUCGCGACGUAGCCCGUGCGCAUGUCCGGGCGCUAACCUCCCCCGCAGCCUCCAACCAGCGCAUAAUCCUGAGUAGGCCCGGAUACUCCAACACGGCCGUCGUGAAGAUAAUGGGAAAGCAUUUCCCCGUGGAACUCCGCGGACGCCUUCCAGCCGACAAGGGCGCACAGGGUAAUCCACCGGUGGAUAUCGACAGCGAGCUCGGGGGGGAGUUGUUGGGCGAGUACACAUCCCUUGAGGAGAGCAUGGUUUCGACGGUUAGAAGGCUGCUGGAACUUGAGGGCAUUUUCGGACGUGGCGGGAAGAGCGGCAAGGAGAAGAGGAUCGUGGAGCAUCUCGAGGAGAUUUUGGGAAAGAAGACGAGGGGCGUCACCACUCUGUGAUCAUGGUAGAAAGGGCCAAGAUGCUGGGGGGUUCGUACCGUAUAUAGGUUUCCCUUUGGAGUGUAGGGGGACGGUGCAACGCUCCCCACCUGGUUCACCAGAGCAGAUGAAUGAAUGAGCCAUCAUUAUAAGCC